AUGUCGUACACAGCUGGAUGCCCCGUGCUCGUGUCCAACACAAGUGGCAUCGAUCGAACUACCAAGCUCGGCGUCGUACUGAAUUAUCUCAUCGCCGCAGGCACCGCCGUCCAGUCCGUAUUGGGUAAUUCAAUACCUGCCGAUGAUCACGCCCUGCACUACACCGACGCCGGCAAAGCCCACCCAGAAUAUUACGCUGUACGCCAUGCCCCGUGUCCGCCAGAGGGUACCUACUUGCCCGUGGCGCGUCCCGGGCCGCCCUUCAGCCAAUGA